AGUUGAUCGCAUUUUUGUUGGAGUGAGUUAAAGAAUGGCUACGAAUAAUUAUUUUGGAUUUACUCACGGUGGAACUCAGUAUGGAGCAACUACUGGAGCUUACCAAGCGGGUCAGGCUGGUUACGCUGUAGCUACUCCUGCCACAGCAGCUGCAGCAGCUACGUACGGUACCCAAAGACCCACUAGCUAUGACACAGCAUAUCAGGCUGCAGCUGCAGCCAGCCAAGGUACUUAUGCUGCGGUAGGGACUACUGCUACUCCCGCCUAUGAGUAUGGAUAUGGUCAAACAGCUGCAACUGGUUACACAAGUGGUUAUGAUCAAACAGCUGCUGCUGCAGCAGCAGUAGCAGCUGCUGCAAAACCUGCUUCCUAUGCCACUACUUAUACUCAGAGAACUACCUCACAGCAGGCACAACAGGCAGCAGCAACAGCGGCAGUGGCUGCCGCGGCAGUGGUCAAGCAGCCUGCACAGUACACAGCCACAUACCAGCCCACAGCAACAGCUUACCAGACUACCUACCCCCAACCUGCUGCUGCACAGACUACAAUAGCUGCUCAACCUACAACACAAGCCAAACAGACUAAUUCUACCACAACAUAUUCAGGAUAUGAUGCUGCCCUGUAUUCAGCAGCUACCAUGUACGUAGCCCAACAGUCAGGCACUGCCCAACAGAAAGCUGUCGGCUGGCAAAACUACAAGAAACCAGGUAUAGGUGCCAAAACUGCAAGACCAAAGGCACCUCCAAAGCCUCAACAGUUGCAUUAUUGUGAUGUUUGUAAAAUCAGUUGUGCUGGUCCCCAGACUUACAGAGAACAUUUAGAAGGACAAAAACACAAGAAGCGAGAAGCAGCCACCAAAAUGGCAGCCUCUGUUGCUGUUACUACCCAAAACCGUGCUGGGAACUCUCUAAGAUGUCAGUUAUGUGAUGUAACUUGCACAGGUAAUGAUGCUUAUGCUGCCCACAUCCGUGGAGCCAAACACCAGAAGGUGGUAUUGCUACACACCAAACUAGGCAAACCUAUACCUCCACAAGAACCAGAAGUUCUUGGAGGAGCCAAGAAAUCAGUUUCUUCCACUCCUAAAAUCAACUUUGUAGCAUCAGGAGGCUUAGGUGUGGCUGCUGGCAAUGGAGAUGCAUCAAAAGAUGAAGAUGAUGAAAUAAUAGAACCAGAUAUACAGCCUGUAGGACAAGAUUAUAUUGAGGAGAUCAAGAGUGAUGAUGGCAAAGUUAUAAGCUUCAACUGCAAAUUAUGUGAAUGUAGAUUUAAUGAUCCAAAUGCUAAGGAAAUGCACAUGAAGGGCAGAAGGCAUAGGUUGCAGUACAAGAAGAAGGUCAAUCCUGAAUUAGUAGUUGACGUUAAACCAUCACUAAGACAAAGAAGAAUCCAGGAAGAGAAAAUGAGAAGAGCUGCACUAAGAGAAGAGUUCUGGGCUCGUCGUCAUUAUCCUGAUGUAAAUGAAAGUCUGUAUUGGGAAGAACAAAGAAGAUAUGAAGAUGAAUAUAUGAUGGGCCAUGGAAAUAUGCCUUUCCAAAGAGGCAGACCCUUUCUACCUGGAGGUCAAGCUCCACCAUUUUUCCAGGGUGUUUUGACUCGUAGAACUGAAUCUAGCGAUGAUAAACAUGUUAUGGCGAGACAUGCAGAAAUUUAUCCUAAGGAGGAAGAGCUACAGGCCAUUCAACGCAUCGUUUCCCAUACCGAGAGAGCACUGAAGGCUGUUUCAGAUCAAAUGGGUGAUGGUAAGAACAAAGCUCCAGAAGUGAAACCUGAUGAAAAGGCAGAACCACAACAGAAAGAGGAUGGACGUGACAAUCAACUCUUCUCCUUCCAACAAGGUGAUCAGAACCGUAUCCUAAAAGGUGUUAUGCGUGUCGGACAUCUUGCUAAAGGCCUUCUCCUUCGAGGCGACACAAAUGUUGAAUUGGUGGUACUAUGUGCUGAUAAACCUACCCUCACUCUUCUUAAGAAAGUCGUAGAAAUCCUUCCAUCUGCCCUGAAGCAAGUGGCCCCAGAGAGCGGCUACACCGUGGCCAUCAACGCUUCCGAGGCAGGCUUGAUCAUCGCCGGAGAUAGUUUGACGGUGUUGGUACAGUUCACGAGUCCCAUAAUUCGGGAACAACCAGGCAAGGGCUCUUGGUCUGCAUUCCUGUGUCAUCAUCAUUCGUAUACUGAGAGAUUUGUGCCAGAGAGUUCCUACGUGGUCGCCAUUGUCUCCAUGGGCCAUGGAGCUGCUUGCCGAGAAAGUGAUCUCGUCAGUGCCUGGACAAGCCCAGCUGUCACCAGGAGAUGCCCUUCGACGCGUCAUGGAAGCGGUGGCUAGCGGGCUGCUUCUCCCGGGUGGUCCCGGUUUGGCUGAUCCGUGCGAAAAGGAUAAUCCCGACGCUUCCGGAGCAUUGAACGCUCAACAGAGGGAAGAUCUCACCUGCUCUGCACAAUACGCCCUUAGAUUAAUAGCUUAUAGACAAAUAUACAAGGUAUUAGGUAUGGAUCCUUUACCGACGCCUCAGAAAUCGUUCAGGAGAGUUGGAAUCACGCGGAAAAGACGUCUAUCGGGUUCAGGACAGGAUGGUUCAGAAAGUGAUUCAGGAAAGAUGGUGAAAACACAGAUAUAGUUAGUUAAAUUAUAUUUUUACAUCUCUGAAGUAUUUUACUUUAUAUAUAAGUAACUAAUAAUGUUUAUUUAACUUAGUUCUUUGUGAUUUUUUUAGUUAUUUUUUACUUAGUGUUAUAUAUCUAAUCUGGUCUAAAGCAUUACUGAACGUUCAGUAAUGAGUUGAAUGUAUUUGAUUUUCUAUUAAUUAUGGAGUUGAAUGUAUUUGACGAAUGAAGUUGUUUCCUAGAAGCUACAAAAUAAAUAUUGAGCAGUGGGUGUUGUUGCUUAUUUU